AUGGGGAGGGCCGGCGCCGCGGCCAACGGCACCCCGCAGAACGUCCAGGGCAUCACCUCCUACCAGCAGCGAAUAACUGCCCAGCAUCCUCUGCCCAACCAAUCAGAAUGUAGGAAAAUCUACAGAUAUGACGGAAUCUACUGUGAAUCUACCUACCAGAAUUUACAAGCAUUGAGAAAAGAGAAGUCUCGAGAUGCUGCUCGUUCCCGCCGGGGAAAAGAAAAUUUUGAGUUCUAUGAAUUGGCCAAGUUGUUGCCUCUCCCUGCAGCCAUCACCAGCCAGCUUGACAAGGCGUCCAUCAUUCGACUUACAAUUAGCUAUUUGAAAAUGCGGGACUUUGCUAAUCAGGGGGACCCUCCUUGGAACUUGCGAAUGGAAGGCCCUCCCCCCAACACAUCAGUAAAAGGUGCACAACGAAGGAGAAGCCCCAGCGCACUAGCCAUUGAAGUAUUCGAAGCACAUUUGGGAAGUCACAUUUUGCAGUCCCUGGAUGGCUUUGUAUUUGCACUAAACCAAGAAGGAAAAUUUUUGUACAUUUCUGAAACGGUCUCCAUCUACCUAGGCCUCUCACAAGUAGAGCUGACAGGCAGCAGCGUCUUUGACUAUGUCCACCCUGGGGACCACGUGGAGAUGGCAGAGCAGCUGGGCAUGAAGCUUCCACCUGGGCGGGGUCUCCUCUCACAGGGCACCGCGGAGGAUGGAGCCAGCUCAGCAUCUUCUUCCUCUCAGUCAGAGACCCCUGAGCCAGUGGAGUCCACCAGCCCCAGUCUGCUAACCACUGACAACACUCUUGAGCGUUCCUUUUUCAUCCGAAUGAAAUCUACUCUGACCAAACGAGGCGUGCACAUCAAAUCAUCAGGAUAUAAGGUGAUUCACAUAACAGGCCGGCUACGCCUGAGAGUAUCGCUAUCGCACGGGAGGACCGUCCCCAGCCAAAUUAUGGGCCUCGUGGUAGUGGCCCAUGCCUUGCCUCCUCCUACAAUCAAUGAAGUCAGAAUUGACUGCCAUAUGUUCGUCACUCGAGUAAAUAUGGACCUCAAUAUCAUAUACUGUGAAAAUAGAAUUAGUGAUUACAUGGAUUUGACCCCUGUAGACAUCGUAGGGAAAAGAUGCUACCACUUCAUCCACGCUGAAGACGUAGAGGGCAUCAGGCAUAGUCACCUGGACUUGCUGAAUAAGGGUCAGUGUGUGACGAAGUACUAUCGCUGGAUGCAGAAGAACGGAGGCUACAUUUGGAUACAGUCUAGUGCCACCAUAGCUAUUAAUGCCAAGAAUGCCAAUGAAAAGAACAUCAUCUGGGUGAAUUAUCUUCUUAGCAACCCCGAGUACAAGGACACACCCAUGGACAUCGCACAGCUCCCCCACCUGCCAGAGAAAACUUCGGAAUCCUCUGAGACAUCCGACUCUGAGUCAGACUCUAAAGACACCUCAGGUAUUACAGAGGACAACGAGAACUCCAAGUCCGACGAGAAGGGGAAUCAGUCCGAGAACAGCGAAGACCCGGAGCCCGACCGGAAGAAGUCGGGCAAUGGGUGCGACAACGACAUGAACUGCAACGACGACGGCCACAGCUCCAGCAACCCGGACAGCCGCGACAGCGACGACAGCUUCGAGCACUCGGACUUUGAGAACCCCAAGGCGGCGGAGGACGGCUUCGGCGCGCUGGGUCCGAUGCAGAUCAAGGUGGAGCGCUACGUGGAGAGCGAGUCGGACCUGCGGCUGCAGAACUGCGAGUCGCUCACGUCCGACAGCGCCAAGGACUCGGACAGCGCGGGCGAGGCGGGCGCGCAGGCCUCCAGCAAGCACCAGAAGCGCAAGAAGAGGCGGAAACGGCAGAAGGGCGGCAGCGCCAGCCGCCGGCGCCUGUCCAGCGCAUCGAGCCCCGGCGGCCUGGACGCCGGCCUGGUGGAGCCCCCGCGGCUGCUGUCGUCCCCCCACAGUGCCUCGGUGCUCAAGAUCAAGACGGAGAUCUCGGAACCCAUCAACUUCGACAACGACAGCAGCAUCUGGAACUACCCGCCCAACCGGGAGAUCUCCAGGAACGAGUCCCCCUACAGCAUGACCAAGCCCCCCAGCUCCGAGCACUUCCCGUCCCCGCAGGGCGGCGCGGGCGCCGGGGGGCUGCACGUGGCCAUCCCGGGGCCCAGCGCGUCCAACUCCUUGCUGUACACUGGGGACCUGGAGGCGCUGCAGAGGUUGCAGGCGGGCAACGUCGUCCUCCCUCUGGUGCACCGGGUGACGGGCACCCUGGCCGCCACCAGCACGGCCGCGCAGAGGGUCUACACCACGGGCACCAUCCGCUACGCGCCUGCCGAGGUGACCCUGGCCAUGCAGGGCAACCUGCUGCCCAACGCGCACGCUGUUAACUUCGUGGACGUUAACAGCCCCGGCUUCGGCCUCGACCCCAAGACGCCCAUGGAGAUGCUCUACCACCACGUGCACAGGCUCAACAUGUCAGGACCGUUCGGCGGCGCGGUGAGCGCGGCCAGCCUGACGCAGAUGCCCGCGGGCAACGUGUUCACCACGGCCGAGGGACUCUUCUCCACGCUGCCCUUCCCGGUCUACAGCAACGGCAUCCACGCCGCACAGACUCUGGAGCGCAAGGAGGACUAGGCAGGCGCGCCCGGCGUGCGCAGGGUUCCGCUCGGAGGCAUCGUCGGCUUUUCGUUUUAGACCUUUAAUUCUAGCACUUUGAAUUCGAGCAGGUCAGCGUCUUCUCUCCACACGACGGUCCCCAUUCCAUCCCUCUUUCUUUAAUAUGACUUAUUCUUUCCUGUAAAGAUAUGUUUAUUUUUUGCCUUCAGAGGGUCAAAUGACCAGUUGCCUGCCGUUUUGUCUUCUUCUAAGAUGUGUCUUGGGUUGUUUUGCUUUCCUUUGCAUCUUUAUUAAGAUGUCUUUCAUGUGUAUAUGCCUCUGCCAUAGAAUACUCAGUCUUGUGGUCAAGAGAUUUCUCAAGUGACAACCCUUGGUUUUUUCGUAAAGAUCUUGAUAUGAUCAAGAUGGAGAAAGAGACAAGCAUAAACAAUGCCCUGUUUGACUAAGUCAAAUGAGAGGGGGUGGUUUUUUCGUUUGUUUGUUUGUUUCUGUUCCUGAUUCCUUUUAAAAUAGGGGAAUAGUAUUUUAGAAUUUUAUGCAGAAUUUAAUUCUUUUUAUGGUUAAGAUUUUAAGAUUUUCUUACUUGCACAUAAAAAUAAUUUGGGUUCUUAAACUUAAUUUCUGGCCUGUGACUAGAAUGUUUUUUAAGAAAAAAAGGUUGGACUAAAUGUUAAUUACUGAAACAUUAACUUAAUUUCUAAAACCAUGGUGCUAUCAUUUAUUAAUCUGUAAUGUCUUCAUACAAAAUGCAGCUCCUGGGCUGAGUUUUGGGGAAAAAAAAAAAUGUGUUCUGUCCUGGUCUGGAGUCCGUUGCUGCAGUCUCCUUGGUUAGUUAAGACAAAGCCCUCAUUAACGUUUGCUGCAGGACUUAAAAUUUUUUACCUCCCGACUAACAAACAUAGCCUCACAUUAAAUUUAAUGGGUCAGUAAAGCCCUUUUAAAAAAGGGCUGGAAAACUCAAUCGAGCUGAUUUGAGGAGCAGUCUAGGUACAUACUGUCUUUUGUUGAGCUUUUAUUUCCUUACUCAGUCUAACUGAGGCUAAUUUUGCAACUUCAGUAACACUUCGGAGUAAAAGAAGGAAAAUAUUUAACAUGUUUUUGGUUUUCUUUUUCAUUUCUUGCUUAAAGAAAAAAAUGGAAGGUUGUAUUUUGGGGGACUGGUUUGAUAGAAUUUAUUUCCCUUUGCUUAUUUCUGGAUUGAAACCAAUAAGUUUUAAAACUAAAGAAUGGGUUAAUAAGCUUCAGACAGAUAACUGCAAAUGAAAACUGCACAUUAAGUUAAAAAAAGAAAAAAAAAAGAAAACAAAAAGAAAAAAAUAUCCUAUUUUGUCUUUGUUGCCAGAAAUCAGUGUGGUGUCAAACACUCCAAAUGACUGUCAAGUAUAAAUUCUUCCUCCACUUCAUUUUUGGCAGCUGUUUGUUAAGGCAUCUAAUAAGAGAUGUGAAAACUGUAACGUGUACGAUGUGUAUGUGUCUUUGGCUGUCAGUCCCAUGCAGUUUCAAUGUGUGUUUCUAUAUGCAGUAUAUACUAAGCUAAUGUAGUUGUUUUGUCCUUUGUCUUCUCUGUGCUCUAUCUCUAGUCUGGAGUGGUACAGUCCCAUUCCCGCAGUCCUAGUGAAUCAGUGAUUCUUGGGGGUUAGUGGUUUUUGUGUGGUGGCCUUCCUCUGUAAUGUCACCCUAUACUGCUUCUACUGUCUGUGAAUUCUCCGUUUUACUUUUUUAACUUCCUGCUGUUGCUUUGCCGGUGUAUAUUCUCCCUACCUCUCCUUUCUUUCCCUCCCUGUCCUAUCCUCCCUCUUCCCUCCUCUGCUUUCCUUCUCCUGUAUCCAAAAUCCUUUUCAUUCUCAGAGAUAAAAAGACUCUUAACUAGCUCAAGGUGAAUGGAGCCAUUUUUUCCCACAACGGAAUUCUGGGUAUGACUCUCUCUUCUGAAGUGCAAGACAAAGCACUGAAGAAUAGUGCUCAGAUAUACUAAAUAAAUCAAUGCCAUACAGCCUCAGUUGUUGACAUUCCCAGAGUCCCUUGUGCUCUACCUAUAAGCAGUGGGUGCUUUUCUUUGGUUUCCUUUCAGGUUGGCUGAUGGAGCAAUAUAUAAAGCAAUUACCAGUGAGACAGAAAAUUAUUUCAAAGGUCAACCAGUGUUUUUUUUAAAAAAACAAAGUGGGAGGGGGUAAUGGAAUAUAUAAUUGUCAUAUAUAUUUGUUUAUUUGUGCAAUGCUAAUAUAGUAACUCGGCUGUCCUUUGAAUAUCACUGUGUUGAGUGGAUUCUUCUAGAACCUUUGAUUCUAUGAGUUGGGCCCAAGCCAUGGUGAAAGAAUAACAGAAGGGAGUUAAAUGCCACACAUUUUAGUCGUGAGCUUACUUGAAAGAUAUAAGUAGGUUUAGAAGGUGAAGAAGUUUGAUCAAGAAAUUUAAAGAUUAAUUUUGGAAGCUCUGCUCUAGCUAUCGAACAAUCAAAGGAAUGCACCUAUCAGCUACAAAGAACAGCUAGACAGCUGUUUUUUUUUCUUUUAUAAAUGUUUCUGUGUUGUGUCAAAAUGAUUUCUGGUGAUUUAAACUAACAGAUAAUCACAGCUGCUGUCUAAAUCCAUAGUGUUUAAAAUUACAAAAUGAAAAAAAAAAAAAACACUUCAUUACCUGUGAAGACUGUGUCUGUGUUUUUAACUAUUUCUUGUACAAAUAUAUGAAAACUUUUAUGAGGAGACUGGUGCCAAGUAGCUGAAUAAUGGGGAAAGGGAUAUUCUGUUCGUAAAAAUCUUAGCAGUGUUACCAACUCUACGAUAUAUAUAAAAAAAUAAUUAAAACAUUACAAAGCGACAGCUAUGGUACAUUUGUUUUGUGUGAAGCUAACCGGACCUAACUUCCUGAGUGCCUGGCUUAUUUUGAAACAUUUUUUUUUCAUUGACCAUUGAUAAUGCUGCAGAUCAGAAAUGUACAUACUUCAUUUACAACAGGGUUCUUUUUAUACUUUUGUAGAUUCUCAUACAUGUCACAUACAUGGUUGUCUUUAUGUAACUUAAUUUUUUCAUCUGCAGGUGCCAUUUUCAUAAUAAACUUCUCUUGGAUUUGUUACUA